CUAACAGCCUGAAGAGGAGGAGAAACAAGGGAAAAAAAUAAUAUUGCUGAGAGCUUUAUAAAAAGUUUAGGAGUUGGGAAAUUAGACCUGUUUGGCUGCAGCUACCUCACAAGUAACUUCUAGCGGAGAAGGAGACACUGUCCUCAAACAAACUGCCACCAUGACCCACCCAUUUCCAGCACUGACUCCAGAGCAGAAGAAGGCCCUGUCUGACAUAGCUCAGCGGAUUGUGGCUCCAGGGAAGGGGAUCCUGGCCGCAGAUGAGUCCGUGGGUACUAUGGGGAACAGACUGCAGAAGAUUAAGGUGGAGAACACCGAGGAAAAUCGCCGGGCCUUCCGAGACAUCCUCUUUUCCUCAGAUGCCUCCAUCAAUCAGAGCAUUGGGGGAGUGAUCUUUUUCCAUGAGACACUCUAUCAGAAGGACAGCAAUGGAAAGCCAUUCCCCAAGGUCAUCAAGGAUAAAGGCAUUGUGGUGGGAAUAAAGCUAGAUAAAGGAACAGCCCCACUGGCGGGAACAAAUGGUGAAACCACCAUUCAAGGGCUGGAUGGGCUUGCUGAGCGCUGCGCCCAGUAUAAGAAGGAUGGUGCUGAUUUUGGCAAGUGGCGUGCUGUGCUGAAGAUCACAGACACAACUCCCUCCACUCUAGCCAUCCAGGAGAAUGCCAACACGCUGGCACGCUAUGCCAGCAUCUGCCAGCAGCACGGGCUGGUGCCCAUUGUAGAACCGGAAGUCCUACCUGAUGGAGACCAUGACCUCCAGCGCUGUCAGUAUGUUUCAGAGAAGGUCCUGGCUGCUGUCUACAAGGCCCUGAAUGAUCAUCAUGUCUACCUGGAGGGGACACUGCUGAAACCCAAUAUGGUGACUGCUGGACAUUCCUGCCUCAAGAAGUACACCCCUCAGGAGGUAGCCAUGGCAACUGUCACUGCCCUCCAUCGCACCGUUCCCGCUGCUGUUCCUGGAAUCUGCUUCCUAUCUGGAGGCCAAAGCGAAGAAGAGGCUUCUCUCAACCUCAGUGCCAUCAACCAAUGCCCUUUGCCCAAACCCUGGAAACUGACCUUCUCGUACGGACGUGCUCUGCAGGCAUCGGCACUUGCUGCAUGGUCUGGCAAACCUGAGAAUAAGGAGGCUACACAGGAGGCUUUCUGCAAACGGGCACGGAUUAACGGGUUAGCAUCCAAAGGACAAUAUAUCGUCGCUGGGAAGAGUGCUGCAGCUGCAACACAAUCCCUUUUUACUGCCAGCUACACAUAUUAAGGUGUAGGAAUACACAGCCACCCCAUCCCUCUAGUGGUUAGCAGGGGGGAAUGAAAAAGGAAAAAUCCUAAUUCUCUAAGGAAGUCUGGAAAUCAUGUGAGUUCAAACUAUUGGCUCCACUGCCCACUCUAAUGCUAAAAUGUAAGGAGAAAAAUCACAUCAUCUUAUCCUAGGGAACUCGUACCUGUUUUACACUCUUCGUCCCUACUGCCAUUCAUAAAUAAUCAAAUUGCUCUCUCUCCCUGAGAAGAUGGUUUUUGACCUUGUUCCCCAGAAAAAUGGGAAUACAGGGAUCAAUUUUCACCCCAUGCUAUCAAUUUUCUCUCUUUACCAGCAAAAAAUGUACAUGCCUCCUCCAAAACCACACUUUGCAUCUGGGAAGAGCACAUUUGACUCCUGUAUUACACAUGCCAGAUAUGUUUUCAACCUAGGGGCUGCAAAUAAAGCAUCUGCAACUGUGAAAUUAUAUGUAUCUGAUGAAGCUUAA